GUCUCGAAUUGCCCGAAUGCGGACAACCUGCUUAGCUUGGCCAAGUUCGAUCCGUAAGUCCUUCAAAGCCCUAACGGAUCAGAUCGUGCAAUGGAUGAGGUCGGCAAUCACAGGCCACCGCGUUGUCGCCUUGGCGGCGGCGCCGGACCUCCGCGCGUAUGGCUUUCUCCUCCAGCGCUGGGCCGACGGCGGCUGCCUCCGCGAGGGCCAGAAGCUUCACGCUCGCCUCGUCGCCCUCGCCGUCGUUCCGUCCAACUUCCUCGCCUCCAACCUCAUCUCCCUCUAUUCCCGCUGUGGCCGCCUCCAGGACGCCCGGCGCCUGUUCGACGAUAUCCCUCACCGAAAUAUCUUCUCCUGGAACGCUAUGCUCCUUGCCUAUGCUCUCCAUGACCACGCCUCUCUGGCGGUGCGCCUCUGCUCCUCCCUCCCCGCUUCCAUCCCUCCAGACGCAUUCACCCUUUCCGCUCUCCUCAAAUCUCUCACCUCCCUCCCGGCCUCCUCCCAUCACAGGUCCAUACACGCGCUCGGCCUCCGGCGAGACCUUGUCAGCGACAUCUUCGUGUCCAACGGCCUCAUCACCUCUUACGCGCACGCGGAUGAUUUAGUCUCCGCUCGAAGGCUGUUCGACGAAAUGCUCGUGAGGGACAUCGUUUCCUGGAACGCGAUGCUCUCUGGCUACUCGCAAAGCGGCCACUACGAGGAAUGCUUGCAAUUGUAUCGGGAGAUGGAAGCAGGGCCCGACGGCGUCCUUCCUAACGCCGUCACCGUGCUGAGCGUGUUGCAGGCUUGCUCUCGGCUCGAGAACCUAGCAUUCGGCUUGGAAGUUCAUCGCUUUGCUGUGGAGCAUGAUGUCAAGAUGGACCGCGCCGGCUGGAAUUCGAUCAUCAGUUUCUAUGCCAAAUGUGGGUGCUUGGAUUAUGCCCGCCAAGUGUUCGAUGAAAUGAGCGACAGAGAUGGUGUCACUUACAGCACGUUGAUCACUGGGUACAUGAGCUACGGGCUCGUCGCUCCGGCUAUUGAUCUCUUCCAGAAAGCGGAUUCUCCAGUCCUCAGUACGUGGAACGCUAUGAUCGCUGGUCUAGCGCAGAAUGACAGCCAUGGUCAAGUUCUGGACUUUCUGCGUCGGAUGCAAGCCUCUGGUUUCCGUCCCAAUGCAGUAACCCUUUCUUCUGUUUUCCUAACACUUGCAUUCUAUUCGAACUUGCUCGGAGCUAAACAAGUCCAUGGUUUCGCAAUCAGAAGUGACUACGAGCAGAACAUCUACAUAACGACUGCUCUCAUCGACACCUAUGCUAAAGCUGGCUCAUUGGAAGCUGCUCGGCGAGUUUUCGAUGCAACGACAAGUAGAAGUCUCAUCAUUUGGACUGCAAUCAUAUCAUCUUACGCUGCUCACGGUGACGUAGAAGCUGCCCUUCACUUGUUCAAUGAAAUGCUCGAAGCAGGAAUCAAGCCCGACCACGUGACCUUCACGGCGGUGCUGUCUGCCUGUGCUCACGCCGGGGCAGUAGAUGAAGCUCGCAGGAUCUUCGACGCCAUGCUUCCCGCCUAUGGCGUUCCACCGAAGAUGGAGCACUAUGCAUGCAUGGUCGGAGUCCUUAGCCGCGGCGGAAUGAUUAGAGAGGCUGCUGAGUUCAUCGAAAAGAUGCCAUUUGAGCCAAACUGCAAGGUGUGGGGUGCGCUGCUCAAUGGAGCAACGGUAUAUGGUGAUGUUGCACUUGGGCAGCUUGCCUUUGCACAUCUGCUGGAGAUUGAGCCUGAGUGCACAGGGAACUACAUUCUCAUGGCGAAUUUGUACUCCAAGGCUGGGAGAUGGGAAGAAGCAAAGAUGGUGAGGGGGCGGAUGAAGGAGAUAGGAUUGGAACACGUUCCGGGUUGCAGUUGGAUUGAGACCUGCGAUGGUCCGCAGUCAUUUGUAGCUGGCAAUACGUCGAACACGAGAUCUGCAGAAAUAUGUGCAAUAUUACAAGGAUUGCUGGGAUUGAUGAGGGAGGAAGGUUAUUCUUCCUUUGAAGAGUUAGAGGAGGAUUACUAGUACAUUAUAUAUUUAUAUUGGUUCCAAUAUUGUUUUGAGGAUAAAUCCAUGUGAUAAUCAAUUAAUUUACUGAUCA